CCUCCUCCUCACCCUGGACUCCUCCUGCUCCUCCUCCUCCUCUCACUUCCUCCAUCAGAAACAGUCCCAGCAGAGAAAGAAGGAAAACAACACACAGAGGUCCAACACAGGAAGAAUGGCCAAUGAUGAAAAUGUCGCCCGUCUGAGACGCAGCUUUCGGGAGGGGAAGACAAGACCCUUACAGUUCAGGAUGUCACAGCUGGAAGCCCUGAGCAGAUUCCUGGAAGAAAAUAAGGAGCCGAUAAUGGAGAGUCUGAAAAAGGACCUGAGCAAGCCGCCAUUUGAAGUGGAGAUAUCGGAGCUGAGUCUGGUGAGAAGUGAGAUUAACCUGGCGCUCAACAACCUGGGCUACUGGAUGAAGGAUGAGCCUGUGUCCAAGAAUAUGGUCACAGUCAUGGACACUGCUUUUAUCCGGAAAGAGCCAUUUGGAGUGGUUCUCAUCAUUGCACCCUGGAAUUACCCUGUGCAUCUCUCUCUCAUCCCUCUUGUUGGGGCGAUUGCUGCAGGUAACUGUGUGGUGGUGAAGCCGUCGGAGAUCAGUGAGAACACGGAGAAGCUGCUUGCUGACAGUCUUCCGCGUUAUCUGGACAAGGACUGUUUUGCGGUGGUCCGUGCUGGGGUGGACGAAACGACUCGUCUUCUGGAAAACAAAUUUGAUUAUAUUUUCUUCACAGGCAACCCCCAUGUCGGGAGGAUUAUAAUGACAGCUGCCGCAAAACAUCUGACACCGGUGACCCUGGAGCUUGGUGGGAAGAACCCUUGUUAUGUCCAUGAUGACUGCGACAUCAAGAACGCAGCGCAGCGGAUUGCAUGGACACGUUUCUUUAACACCGGGCAGACAUGUCUGGCUCCCGAUUAUAUACUUUGCUCUGACAACAUCAAGGAGAAGCUAGUGAGUGCUCUACAAACCACCAUUCACCAAUUUUAUGGGGAAGACCCAAAACUGUCCCCAGACUUUGGUCGCAUCAUAAGUGACAGGCAUUUUAAGCGGGUGUCUGCUCUGCUGGCGUGUGGGAAGAUUGUGGCUGGAGGACAAACUGAUGAAUCUGAAAAAUAUAUUGCACCCACUGUCCUUGUUGAUGUGAAAGAGUCAGACCCAGUGAUGCAAGAAGAGAUUUUUGGUCCAAUUCUUCCCAUCUUUACAGUUUCUGGAUUUGAUGAGGCAAUUAACUUCAUUAAUGACAGAGAGAAACCGUUGUCUGCUUAUAUCUUCUCAUCCAGCUCCCAGAUCGUUCACCAGUUCCUGGACCGGACGAGCAGCGGCGGCUUCUGUGCUAAUGAUGGCAUCAUGCACACAACCAUCCCCAGUCUGCCAUUUGGAGGGAUCGGACACAGUGGUAUGGGUAUGUAUCAUGGCAAGUUCAGCUUUGACACCUUCUCUCAUAGUCGGGCCUGUCUUCUGCGCAGUGAUGGGUUUGAAAAACUAAACGAGCUCCGAUACCCACCGUACAAAGACAGCUGCCUGGGGCUCAUCCGCUACUCCAUGGAAACAAAGAAGAAAUCCUCCUGUGUUCUGAUGUGAGCUGAUGGUAAAGAGGAAGGGGGGAAGAAGAACGUCCAUUAGGUCGCAGGGACUCGGCCUCACUUAUGAUGUAAUACACAUUCUUCUUUAUUAA